AUCUGUUGUCUGCUCAGGUACACCAAGAUGAAGACAGCCACUAACAUCUACAUCUUUAACCUGGCGCUGGCGGACGCCUUAGUCACCAGCACGCUGCCCUUCCAGAGUGUCAACUUUCUCAUGGGCAGCUGGCCGUUUGAAGAUGUGCUGUGUAAGAUGGUCGUCUCCAUCGAUUACUACAACAUGUUCACAAGCAUCUUCACCCUGACCACCAUGAGCAUCGAUCGCUACAUUGCCGUCUGCCAUCCCGUGAAGGCGCUGGACUUCCGCACGCCACGCAAUGCAAAGAUUGUCAACGUGUGUAACUGGAUCUUGUCCUCCGCCAUCGGCCUGCCUGUCAUGUUUAUGGCUUCUACUGUUACCAACCAUGGCAAGUACAGCUUCACUGAUUGCACCCUGCUCUUUCCCCAUCCCUCCUGGUAUUGGGAUACGCUGCUAAAGAUCUGCGUCUUCAUCUUUGCCUUCAUCAUGCCCGUCCUCAUCAUCACUGUGUGCUACGGCCUCAUGAUCCUGCGCCUGAAGAGCGUGCGUAUGCUGUCAGGCUCCAAAGAGAAGGACAGGAACCUGCGAAGGAUCACCCGCAUGGUCCUGGUGGUGGUGGCCGUCUUCAUCAUCUGCUGGACGCCCAUCCACAUCUUCGUCAUCAUCAAAGCCCUGGUCAACAUCCCCAACUCCACUCUACAGUCAGUCACCUGGCACUUCUGCAUUGCUCUGGGCUACACCAACAGCAGCCUCAACCCUGUGCUCUACGCCUUCCUGGACGAGAACUUCAAGAGGUGCUUCAGGGAGUUCUGCAUUCCAACCCCGUCUGUCCUGGAGCUGCAGAACUCCUCUCGUGCUCGUCACCCCCAGCGUGAGGGCCCACAGUCCAGCGGGCACACAGUGGAUCGGACUAAUCAUCAGGUAUGA